UAUAUAUAUGUGUAAUAAUAACAAAGUCAGUCGCUUUGGAUUUGUCAAAGUUUAUACUCAAUUAUACGCAUUGAAAAAUAUUAACACAAUCUCUAAAAUGCAAUCAUCGGAAGGCGAGCCAAAGCGCACUCAACGCUAUGUGGAUGAAGCGUUUCGCUUAGUAAUGGAGAAACCGGGGGUCGAGGAGGUGCUUAUUAUGAAUCGCUCAGGUGUUCCAGUGAAGACAACCAUGGGACCCCAGGAAGCCUUGCAGCAUGCCUGCCUCUAUGACAACUUGCGCGAGAAGUGUCAGGCAUUCCUUCAUAAAAUGGAGCCGCCCCAACCGCUGGUUAUGUUGCGCGUCCGCACUAAAAAUCACGAGGUCAUAAUUACACCGGAUGCCAAAAUCACAAUACUAGUUGUGCAAAAUGCACACGACUCCUUUAUGGGCAGUCUUUAUAACACACCUUGAUUAAAAUUUUACUAAAACCACGUCACUUAUAACGGCAAUCGUAUUCGAGGAAUCUGUUCAUGGUAAAACGCAUAAAUAUUUCAGAAUUAUCGCAUUGUAAUAAAGCGACCAAUUUCGUCUCGAA